CCCUUGGCCGCACGCCCCGCAGAAAUCUCUCGGGGGAGCAGCUGGAGCGAGCGAACGAGACAGAGCCUGUGAUGGUCGCCGCCGUGCGCGCUGCACCGGCGCCGCCCGGCAAGCCGCCGCCGCCGCCGGGGCUCGCGAUGCUGGAGGUGUCGGCGGCGGCGGGGGAGGAGCGGCUGUCGGACGCGUCGACGGCGGCGCCCAACUCGAGCCUCAGCUCGGCCAGCAGCGCCGGUAGCCUGCCGCGGUGCUCAAGCCUCUCGCGCCUCUCCUUCGACUGCUCCCCGUCCGCCGCCCUGGCAGCCGCCGCCGCGCGCUCCCCCGCGCCCGCGGCGGCGGCGUCGCGGCCGCACCGGUCGGGCGACGCGGCGUGGGCAGCGAUCCGCGCGGCGUCCGCGUCCGCCGCGGCGCCGCUCGGGCCCCGGGACUUCACGCUGCUGCGCCGCGUCGGCGGCGGCGACGUCGGGACCGUGUACCUCUGCCGCCUCCGGAGCGCCGCCGCGCGGGAGGGCGCGGCGGCGGGCCACCUGUACGCCAUGAAGGUGGUGGACCGGCGCGUGGUGGCCAGGAAGAAGAAGCUGGAGCGUGCGGCGGCGGAGAAGCGCAUCCUCCGGGCGCUCGACCACCCCUUCCUCCCCACGCUCUUCGCCGACUUCGACGCCGCGCCGCACUUCUCCUGCGUCGUCAUGGAGUUCUGCCCCGGCGGCGACCUCCACUCGCUCCGCCACCACAUGCCCUCUCGCCGCUUCCCGCUCCCGUCCGCUCGGUUCUACGCGGCGGAGGUGCUGCUGGCGCUCGAGUACCUGCACAUGAUGGGCAUCGUGUACCGCGACCUCAAGCCGGAGAACGUGCUGAUCCGCGCCGACGGUCACAUCAUGCUCACCGACUUCGACCUGUCGCUGGAGUCCACGUCCUCGCCGUCGCUGGAGACCGCCGACGGCGGCGAAGACGACGGCUGCGGCGCGUCGACCUCGGUGUCCUGCUUCCCGGACCACCUGUUCAGGCGCCGGCGGCGCCACCAGCAGCGGCUCGCCGCCGCGGCGCGGGCGUUCGUGGCGGAGCCCGUGGCCGCGCGGUCCUGCUCAUUCGUGGGCACGCACGAGUACGUGGCCCCCGAGGUCGCCCGCGGCGGCCCCCACGGCGCCGCCGUGGACUGGUGGGCCCUGGGCGUGUUCCUCUACGAGCUCCUCCACGGGCGCACGCCGUUCGCCGGAGCCGACAACGCGUCCACGCUCCGCAACAUCGCGCGCCGCCCGCUCGCGUUCCCGCCGCCCUCCGGCGGCGGCCCCGCCGACGCCGCGGCGCGGGACCUCAUCGCCGGCCUCCUCGCCAAGGACCCGGCCCGGCGCCUCGGGUCCCGUCGCGGCGCCGCCGACGUGAAGGCGCACCCCUUCUUCCGGGGCCUCAACUUCGCGCUCCUCCGGUCCUCCCGCCCGCCCUUUGUCCCCGGCGCGUCGCCGCUGCACCGGUCGCAGUGCUGCCACGCCGCGCCGGUCACCGCGACGCCCAAGACCAAGAAGCCGCCGCCGCCGCCGCCGCCGUCGGCACCGGACCCCCGGUUCGACCUCUUCUGACCGUUGCCGCCGCCGCCGCCGGGAGACACGUCCACUCGGUCGCCAUUGUACACACUGUUUAAUGAGCUAGUAGUAGCACGCACUCGCACUAAUUUAAUCUCAUGGAGUACGCCAUUAGUCUGA